AUGGCGGGUGGUCCCUCCCAUGAACCUGAUGGCCCCUAUGGUGCAGCAGGACCUCUUCCCCACCGCCCACCCCAGCGCAGCGAGGAGUCUGUGAACCCCGGCGCCGGGCAUAAAGGGCAGCCCCAUGAGGAGCCAGCACAGCUUUACCCAGAACCCCCUGACCCGCAGCGGCCCCGAGCACAGCGCCCUGAGAUGAAGGCCCUGGUCCUGACCAUCACACUCGGCCUGUUUGCUGCCCUGCAGGCCCAGGAGCCCCUGUCCACCCGCCCAGAGACACAGGAUUUCACAGGAACAUGGUAUGUGAAGGCCAUGGCGACUGACAAGCACAUGCCUAUGGAGAAGAGGCCCGACAAGGUGUCCCCAGUGACAAUGACAGCCCUGGAUGGUGGGGACUUGGAGGUCUCCUUUACCUUCAUGAAGGCAGACCAGUGCCAUGAGAAGAGGAUCGUCCUGCAGCAAAUGGCAGAGCCCGGCAAAUUCAGCACCUGUGGGGGCAAGAAGAACGUGUAUCUCCUGGAGCUGCCCGUUGAGGACCACUACAUCUUCUACUGCAAGGGCUCGUUCCACAUGGGAAAGCUCAUGGGUAAAAAACCUGACCUGAACCUGGAAGCCCUGGAAGAAUUUAAGAAAUUCACGCAGCGCAAGGGGCUGCCGCAGGAGAGUAUCUUCCUGCCGCUCCAGAUGGAAAACUGCAUUCCUGAAAGUGAUUAGGGUGAGUUUGAAGCAAACAAGCAUGCUGGAUGGGAGGUCAGGAGCCAUGGGGGCACCCCCAACUGCAGGCAGGAGGACCCCGGGUGGGCCAGGUGGGGCCUGCUCUGCGACCCCGGGCACGGCUCAUCCUCACGCAGGAGGUCUGUCCCUGAGCAUCAUUCCCAGGACAGCAGGGACUCUUCUGGGUGUUGGGUUUGCUCUUUGUGUAAUGUGGGAGCAAUGGGAGGGGGUCUAUCCCCACUGCACACACUCCUGGUGGGAGCUGGGACCUGCUGCAGCCCUGUGCUGCAGCCCUGAGAGGCCUGCAAGUGCCCACUGCCCUUCCGCCUCGGCCUCGCUGAAACCCUCCUUCCCAGGGCAGGAGCACUCUGUUCUGCAGGACGUGGAAGAAAUCCCCGGGCCUGGGGCCACCCGCCCCCUCAUCGCCCUCUGCCCCCUCCCACCCUCCACCCCCUCUCCUGGCUCCUCAUAAAGAGC